UCUGACUGUUAAAGUCUAUUUUCUUAUGCAUUGCUAGAAAUAAAAUUUAGCAGCCUUUUAUGAAAUUAUUGCACCAUUCUCAAUAUUCAAAAUACUUUCAAAUGAGUUAGAACAAUUUUAUAUAUAACAAAGUUCAUCAUCUAAUUCGAAUAAAAUUUUAUAAUGUUAGUCUUCACAGAAUUAAAGAUCAGAAAUGAAGUCUUCAACUUUAGGAGCAAUUGCUUUUGCAUCAUUCCUAUUGCAAACUGUUUUUGCUGGAAUCACAACGACGAACUUAGAUAUCUAUAACACUACUGUAAGGAAUAUCACUUACUUUACAGGGGGUGAAUAUGGUUGUGAAUGGCGUGCUAAUAUAACCAUUCAUGAACAUGGAGCCUUUAUAUAUUACAAUUACGAUACACAUGGGUAUAAUACCUUCUUCGAAAAUAAUGGUAUAUAUUAUUGUCAAAAUAUCGGUGCUUAUCCAUAUUUUCAAAAGGAUCAUAUCUCCGGUCUGACUUAUAAACUUAAUGAAGAUACCAACGUUGGGGGAUUCCUUAAUCGUGGUACUUUUGUUUAUAAUGAUAACAAUACAGCCUGUGGUCCACCUACGUAUACUAUACAUGGUAAUUACUUUAUUAAUGAAGGAACAUUUAUUAUGGCAGGCUGUCAAUUGUGUGAUGGGUCUACAAAUACUAUUAAACCAUACGGAACUUUUGUUAAUAAAGGUGUACUCUCUUAUAUGCAAUAUUAUACGGGUUUGGGGGGUCCUCCAAGUACUUAUUUUGGAUCACCCGCAGCUUGUAGUACUGAUGUCGCUACUGUUAUUAACAAUGGUUCACUUUGCUUGUGGAACAAUAACCCGUUAUAUCAAAGUUCUCCAAUCGCGGGAAAUGGUUGUUUUGAUGUUGGUAAUCAAAGUACACUUUCAAUUAAGUGUGCAGAUAUGUGGUCACAAGAUGGCGUCCCACACACAAUAUAUCUUAGUUCAAAUACAUCUGUUGUAGAUAUCACUAAUAACAGAAAACCAGUUAGUAAAUUCUAUGUGAAAGGUUGGGGUAAUAAUAAUACUAUUUCUGUGCUCAAUACUAAUCCAGUUUGGAAUUUUACUGAUGGCAUUUUAAGUGUUACUACUGAUGGGAAUACAUUUCAAUUUGUUGUCGGUCCGGGGUAUGAUCCUGCUAAUGUAAUAUAUUCCUACGGAAAUUCAGGAAAUAAACUUGCGUGGGGAAGAUCUCGUUGGUUUUAUAAUGCUCCUCCUCCAGACGGUAGUAGACCAAGCGAAUGUUUGCCAUGUCCAACUGCUGUGCCUUUAGUAUAUGAUCUCCUUAUGGAUCAACCUGAUUACACGACAACCUGGACAACCACAAAUUCGGAUGGCUCCGUAGAAACCGAAUCUGGAUUAGUCCAAGUUACAGGAACCGAUGGAUGGAGCACUUCCAUAUUCCCAAAUGAAUACACUACUACAUUCACCACAACUGAAUCGGAUGGGUUUGUCGCUACCGAUUCCGGUAUAGUAUUUGCAACUACUGAUAAAGACGGUAAUCACAUCACUACAACAUCUUUAUUUCCAACUUCAACUGAUCCAUUCACACGAUACACUACUACAUUCACCACCACUGAAGCUGAUGGCUUUGUGGCUACUGAUUCCGGUGUGGUUGUUGUUACCUACAAUACCGAUGGUGAAGUAACUACAAAGACGUCACUAUUCCCAACUCCUACCGAUCCAUUCACUCACUACACCACUACUUUCACGACUACCGACACUGAUGGAUAUGUUGCUACUGAUUCUGGUGUAGUUGAUGUCACCUACAAUACCGAUGGCGAAGUAACCACGAAGACUUCCUUAUUCCCAACUAAGAGUAACCCAUUUACUUCCUAUACGACUACAUUCACCACCACUGAAGCUGAUGGCUUUGUGGCUACUGAUUCCGGUAUAGUUGUUGUUACCUACAAUACCGAUGGUGAAUUGACUACAAAAACUUCACUAUUCCCAACUCCAACUGAUCCAUUCACUGUAUAUACUACUACAUUUACUACCACUUUAACUGACGGAUUUAAAGCCACCGAUUCAGCUAAAGUGGUUGUCACCCACAAUAAGGAUGGUGAGGUAAUCACCUCGUCUUCGUUUUUCCCAACAGUAAGUGACCCAUUUACUGUAUAUACUAUUACAUGGACUACCACAUAUACGACGUUGUAGUAAAUUGAGACUUAAUGUUAUGAGAAUUAGUUACUCGUAAUUAUUUUAAAGAAGUUUGGUAAGUUAAUUAGAAAUUCAAAAGAAAGUCUUAGUGUAUUUUAGAUAAAUUUAGGCUAGACUUAAUAAGAAUAUAUGAAAGUUGAACUAAAGUUAAUCUAUGUUAAAGUAAGUC